AUGCCACAAGACAUGCAACAGGCGCACAAUGAGGCGGAGAAUAAGGGCGUUUACGACAGUCCGGGGUAUAAAGACGCGAUGGCCUAUUACUUCAAGAAGCACGUGUGUCGUGCCGAGCCGUUUCCACCACCGGAGAUGCUUCCGACUAUGAAGAACUUCGACGAAGACAGGACGGUGUAUAGUACAAUGUACGGCCCUUCGUCACUCACGAUGAUCGGCUCGCUGAAGGACUGGACCGUCAUUCCCCGUCUUGCCAAGAUCAACGUUCCGACCCUCGUCUACAAUGGCGAAUUCGACACCUCGAAUGACAUCGCCCAGGUUCCAUUCUUCGAGCUUAUACCACGGGUACGCUGGGUCACGCUCCCAGGUGCAGGCCACAUGUGCCAUCUGGAAGGGAGUGGGUUGCGGGAGAGGACUUUGAAGCUGGUUGGCGAGUUUCUGACACAGAAGGAUAUAGUUGAGGCGGAGUGA